AAAAAAAAGUCCAACUUGCCAGAAUGCUGAAUAUAUUGUGCCUUGUUAGGCAAAUGUUUUCACCUGCUGGGCCAAUUAGCUUCCUCUCCCAGAAAGACUAGUUAAACAGGUUUCCUUUUUCUCUUCCUGUGCCUCCUGGGUUGGGGAGAGAGGCUGUCACUUCGCUUCGACCCUCCCCUUCCCUCCCUCUCGGCUCUUCCACACUCGGUCCGACCAAUAGCGCCGGUUCCAACGUGUCCAGGUUGGCGGCCCAAAGAGCUGGCCCAGGCCUGGAGGCGCCGAGGGGCGGAGGGCGCGGCGCGGUUCGCUCGGCCUGCCCGGGGAGGGUAGGAGCGGGAGGAGGAGACUGGAGACGCGCGGAGGUCUGAAGGUGCCCUCCAGACGCGGCCCUGAUGACUGAACUACAGCAAGAUGUUGAAGACACAAAGCCUGGAAAAGUUCUCGGGAAGAGAGAGAACAAAGUUGGCGCAGCCCACUCUGAGGCUGAGAAUGGUGUGGAGGAGAAAAAGAGAGCCUGCCGGUCAAUGACAGCUCAGUCCCCAACCCCAUCCAGCGAGGCUGAGUCUCCAGAUCAGAAAAGAAUCAUUUACCUGCGGUCAAAAUCCAGUUUUGAUGGUGCCUCUUUGGUAAGUGAUAAGAAUGACUGUAAAGCAGAAAGCAAAAGUGACUCCAAAACUGAAAGGAAAAAGUCUUCGUCUUCCAGCCAGUACAAGGCAAAUAUGCACUUUCACAAGUUGUUUCUUGAUGUCCCAACAGAGGAACCACUGAGGCAAAGCUUUACCUGUGCUCUUCAGAAAGAAAUACUGUAUCAAGGAAAGCUCUUUGUGUCAGAAAACUGGAUUUGCUUUUAUUCCAAGGUCUUUGGAAGAGACACUAAGAUCUCAAUUCCGGCUUUCUCAGUAACCCUAAUAAAGAAAACCAAAACUGCCCUUCUGGUGCCAAAUGCCCUGAUUAUAGCAACAGUCACAGACAGGUACAUAUUUGUCUCCCUACUCUCCAGAGAUUCAACUUACAAACUGCUAAGGUCUGUGUGUGGACACUUAGACAAUACAAGUAUUGGUAACAGUCCCAAUCCAUCUUCUGCUGAAAACAGUUUCCGGGCAGACCGCCCUUCCUCUCUUCCUCUGGAUUUCAACGAUGAAUUCUCAGAUCUGGAUGGAGUGGUCCAAGAGAGAAGGCAAGGCAUGGAAGGAUACAGCAGCUCUGGUUCUCAGACUCCUGAAUCAGAGAACUCUCGAGAUUUCCAUGUGACAGAAUCCCACACAGUUCUGAAUGUCUCCAAGGGAGACGCAAAACCAGCUCGGGCAGAUGCCCAGGCGAGCAGAGUGCCUGAAGGAAAAGCCAAGAGCCUCCCUGCACACGGUCAGUCAGAAACUACUGGAAUCGUACACAAAGUAAAGUCUCAGAAAUGUCCAACUCUCCACCAUAUUCUUAUAUUCUACGCAAUUGUCGUCUGUGCACUAAUCAUCUCCACCUUCUACAUGAGAUACAGAAUUAAUACUCUGGAGGAGCGGCUGGGAUCGUUAACCUCCAUUUUGGAACCCCACAAUACUGAACAGACAACACCAUCCAGCCUGGGGUCACAAGUACAAUUAAAUGUGGAAGUCCUCUGCCAAGAGCUUACAGUUAACAUAAUGAAAUUGGAAAAGAUUCAAAACAACUUACAAAAGCUGCUUGAGAAUGGUGACUGACUGACCUGGUUCUUGGGCCAACACAAUACCUCACUCUUCCCUUUGAAGAAGGUGCUCCCCGGGGCAUUCUGGUGGAUAGCUCCCUGCUGGUCAGUGGAGUGAGCAAUGAAAUCCAAAGCCACGAUGAAAUCCAAAGCCACGUUUGCACUUGGAGGUCUCCAGCUCAGGAAGGAGUGGGGAAGAGGAAUACUUUUGGUUCCUGUGCAAUACAAAUUGACCUUGACUGUCUGAGGAAGUUUUCACUGCUGCUGUCAAAGAAUACAGACCCAUUUCUGGAAGUUUCCAGGAAGGCCCUGGUGGACACUCUUGAAUGAUUGUGGUUCAGCAGUUACCAUGAAGGUGUCAUCAACCACACUCCACCCCAUGCCUUUUCAGUCUUUCCCACCCUUGUUUCCUCUCCUUUACACAAACUCUUAUAACCAGCCUUCAAGAUAAGGGAUAUGUCAUAUACUGAUGUACCUGAUAUGAUCCUUUAAAGAAUUAGCCGUCAUUCUCCAGAAAAGGUAAUACGUAUCUCUAAUGGAUAGGCUUGCUUCAAACAAAUACCCACAUUUUGUUUGUCUUUUUUUUCCUUCUGCUAGUUAUUUUCUGGAUUUGAUCACUUGUGUAUCUUACCUUCUCAGUUCAGUAUUAGCAAGAAUAUUUUUGUUUUGUUCCCAUGAGUAAUACCUAAUGGAGUGAUCUCACCCACCUGAGGUCUUGAAUCUGUGAGCAUGGGACUGAAGUACUAAAUUAAACUUACUUUGAAACCAAAACUAAUCUUCAAAUCCCAAAAAUAUAAUAGUGAUUUAAUACAGGAUGAAAAAUACUGAAUUCAAGUUUAUAGGUGAAUUACCUUAACAGAUUUGAAACAGGAUGUCUAUAUUCAAUGCUAAAAUCCAUUCCAGCAUGAUGACAACAGGUUUUUCUCCUUUCCUGCUUAAAAUAAAGAAAUAACUGGUGGUUUGCUAAUUUCUAUUUACCAUGUGGGUUGGCUGGUUUUUAUUAAUAAUUAUGUAGGGUACCAGAAGAUCUUUAAGUAUAAAAGAUAAUCUGUUUCUAUCUGCAAUGCAUUUUAUAAUCAUUUCUAUGAAAUGUAUUUUGUUUAAUCAGAUAAGCUAGUAAGUAAAUUGGUAACAUCAUUUGUAUUUGUUAGCCUACUGGGCAAGAAUUGUGCCUGGUGCACCACUGGCUUUUAAUAAAUACUCAUCAUUAAAAUGCC